UUUACAAUUCCACCUAAUUUGAUAGAAUUGUGAAUUCCUUCGUUCUCUCUCCAUGGCACGUUGGUUUCAGAUCUCGUUCACUCUCUCUUCCGAUCUCGUGCACUCUCUCAUGGCGAUUCUUCUCUAGCUUCAGAUCUCGUGCACUCUCUCUUCCCCGAAGCUUCUCAACAAUCGCUCUUCUGAUUAGGGCUUCCAAACUUGCUCUUCUCACUCUGGGCUUUCGAACUCGUUCUUCUCACUCUGGGCUUCCGAAAUCGCUCUUCUCACUCAGUAUUCUUUUCAGAACCUUUAUUUUUCAAGAAAUGGACAUUAGUAUAGCCAACACUUCAAUAAAGCGUAAAAGAAAUGAAGAAGAAAUGCAAGAGCUUGAGGAAACAACAUUAAUUGUUGUUAGUGUUGUUACUACGCUAUUAGGAGUAAUGGCUUGGUAUCAUGACAAAUAUUUUGUUAAGGAACCAACUCGUAAUUGGGAAUUGGAAAGGCGCAAUUUCCUUAACCGUCUAUACAGAGGAACCGAAAUUGAUUGCAUGGAGCAAUUAAGAGUUAGUAAAGGAGCAUUUUUUAAACUUUGUAGAAUUUUAGAAGAAAAAGGGAAAUUGGUCAAGACAAGAAAUGUUCCAACAACUGAAGCUGUGGCAAUGUUUUUGCAUAUCCUUGCUCACAACCUAAAAUAUAGAGUCAUACACUUUAACUACUUCCGAUCAAAAGAAACUGUGAGUAGACAAUUCAAUAAUGUCCUUAGAGCUGUUAUGAAAGUAAGCCGAGAUUAUUUGAAGUUUCACGACUAUAAUCUAGACGGCCUUGAGGCAAAUAAAUGGAAAUGGUUUGAGAAUUCAAUUGGAGCACUUGAUGGAACACAUAUUCCAGUAACAGUUGCUGCAGAAGAUAGGCCUAGAUACCGUAAUAGAAAGGGUGACAUAUCUACAAAUGUUUUAGGAGUUUGUGGUCCAGAUUUAAGGUUUAUCUAUGUGUUACCGGGGUGGGAAGGGUCUGCAGGAGAUUCUCGGGUAUUGCGAGAUGCUUUACGUCGUCAAAAUUGUCUUCGAAUUCCAAACGGUAAAUACUUUCUUGUGGAUGCGGGAUAUACAAAUGGUCCUGGAUUUUUAGCACCAUAUAGAGGGACUAGAUAUCAUCUCAAAGAGUGGGUUGGAAACACUCCUCAAAAUUACAAGGAAUUGUUUAAUCUUCGUCAUUCAAGUGCAAGGAAUGUAAUUGAAAGGUCAUUUGGGAUAUUGAAGAAAAGAUGGAGUAUAUUAAGAACUCCUUCUUUUUUUGAUAUAAAAACACAAAUUAGAAUUAUUAAUGCUUGUUUCAUAUUGCACAAUUUCAUAAUAGAUGAAAAACAAAGUGAUCAAUAUUUAGAGGCUCAAGACUUGGAUCUUUUAUCUAUUGUUGAUGAAGAGUUAACCAACCAACAAACAGAAAGAGGAACAACUAAUGGUGUAGAUGAGGUUGCAAGUGUUCAAGUGACUGAAGAGUGGACAACAUUUCGUGACACAUAUGCGAUGAAAAUGUUUGCUGAAUAUCAAGAGAGAAGAAACAUUUCUUAUGCUUAGUGGAUUUUAGAUUGAUUUUUCAUUAGGAGUUGUUAGUUUGUAUUUUUCAUUUUGCUGCUUUUGUUUGUUGAAUAUUAAGAGAGAAGAAUAUUUCUUAUGCUUAUGUUUGCUUCUUUUUAUAUGCAAUGAAAAUGAAUGUCUUAUAUAUUGUGUGGCUAUUUUUGAUUGAUAUCUUAUUAAUAUAU